GGCUUCCCCCUUCUUCUCCCCACAAGCGCACAUCAUGAUGCCUCCUGCACAUCUCCUGCUCUGGAAGCAGCUGCGGAGAGGGAGGGAUCUCGGCUCCCCUGCUGGGUCCUACAGCCUCCCUGCUCGGGGCGCCUCGGGAGCUCCGCGGUGCUUUGCUUUCCCCCCUGCCUGUCCUGCCCUGACGGCUGAGCCCCCCCUCAGAACAGGGCUCCCCUCCUUUCUUACAACUGCCAUGAGGAAGAUCAACUGGCUCUCUCUCUUUGCUGGGCUUUCUUUUUAUGUCAACGGUGAGUUGCCUUUUCUUUUCAAUGCAGCUCCUGCAAAGGGACGGGAGCUUUGGAGCUUUUCUUGAAGGCGGGGAGGGGGAGGGAAGCCAUUCUUUGGGAAACGAAGGUUCUUCUCUAACUUUCAAGCAGGAUUGCUUCUUUGAGGGGGGGAGGAAUGCACGAAAGUUGAAGCACAAUUUACGCGGAACAGGAUUUCGAUGGGAUCAGGAAGACCGGCAUGUAGUACAAACCUGCUUAACUGAACCGGUGCCAAAGCAGAACGACAAACAAAUGUGCCUCGGCUGGGCAUUGAGUCGAGGGGAGAUGUCAGGAGGGAGUUUCCUGUCACUUUAUGGGAAUUACAGAAGCAAGACGCUCGAGGUCUUGCAACCCUUUUAUUUGAGCAAGCGAGAAGCAAUUGAUCGUUGCGAAAGUGGUAAAAACAAGCCCCCGGCUGAAAUUCCGAGCAUAGGUGUUUUCCUCCCGCAUUGAGAUGUCUCCGUAGCAUCUCAGUGCAGAGCGGCGUUUAAUAGGGUAUUACUUUAGCCAUGUUGUUCGAUAACCCCAUCCCAGCCUCCCUCUUUGUUCUACCAGAUUCCAAGGGAGCAAACUGGCUCGAAUUCACAUGCUCUGACUUAACUAGGCGAUGGAUCUUGCUGUCCUUCCAAAAAAGGAAGGCGUUGUUUCGUUACCCAAGUUGUGCUUCGUUUACUGAAUUUAUGCACAGGGACUUUUUGUCGAUAAAACAUCGCAUGUGUCUGGAGGGGAGAGUUAAGGCUGAAACAAAAAGAGAAAAAGAACGCUGACUUUUGACCUAAACAAAUAUCUCUCUGUGUGUUCUGUUUUCGUUUUUUAAAAAAUGACUUAGGUUUUUAAAGUGAGGAUCCAUUAGAUCUUACUUGCCUCGGACACGAUGCUGACAUGAUUUUGCUAGAGUGCAGUAGGCAACAUUUAGGCAACAUGAAUAAAUCAUGUUCUAAUAGAGCAUCCUGAGAAGCAAUAACAAUGGCAUUCAAUAAAGACCUUGAGGCAUCUUAAAAUUUACAUUUCCUCCCUGUUCUUUCCUGACAUAGAGAAGGAGAAAGAAAAUCUGGAAUUACGUAGUCUAGCAAAGGAUCCUUGCUUGUUGCAAAUAGGAAUCCUGAUCAUAUAAACAUUUGGAUUAAGUGAGGGAGAGUGGCAUUAGCCAGUCUAAAGUAGAAGACAGAGAAAAGAAGUUGCAUGUAGUUUUUGCAAUGUUGCAGAGCCUGUAAAUGCAUUUGCCAACUUCACAAGAAAGAAAUUGAUUCUGUUUCCAAGGUGGGCAUGUGGUUGCUGUAUUGACUGAGGUCUAGUGACUCACUUUGAAUCCUUAGAUAAGUGUGUUCUGUGGAACUGAAACUGCUGCAUAAUUAAACCAGCUGUAGGGGAAACGUAUCAGUUAGUUAAGUAUCAGUUAGUGAUUUUAAUUCAGAUUUUUAAAUGACUGAAUUGCUGUGUUUUUAAAAUAAUUUUCAUAGGCCGCUUGAACAGGGUUGGCCCCCCUGGUGACAAUGUUAAUUGGUUGAAUGAAAAGUUGCUAGCCUGUUGUGGUGCAAGGAAACCACCAAUCACACAUAUUGGUUGGUGGUGGUGGGAAUAACCAGAGGUUUAGCCAUAAUUUGUAAUCUGACACAGUGAUGGCGAUAAUUUGGGUUAUUUUGCUUUCAGAAUAUAAUGUGCCCAGGACUUAAUUUAUGUCAUAGUAGUAGUAGUAGUAGUAAUAAGGGGAAGGACCUUAACACUGAUUGAAGGAACAACAUGAAUUUUGGGCACCAUUGAGGCGCCAACAUAAAAAUAUAUAUUCCAAAGCAACCUGCUGCUGACAUCUAGUGGCAUCUCCCUAUUUGCCACAAAAUGAGGAGAAAAUAGCAUUUGGCGGUGGAAUAGGAUCGGUAGUUUAUAAAGAGUCUGGCUCUUAGAUUAUAUUCUUACAUGGACCUUGCCUGGAUUAGUGCAGUUGGAGUGGGGAAGAGGGAUGAGCAGGUGCUGGUACAUUUGAAAGAGAAGAAAUUGGCAGGGAAAGGGUAAAGCAGCUGGGGGGGGCAGGCAGGGAGAGGCUUCAGUGGUUGGGGGUAUUUUAACAGCAAAGAAGUAGACAGGAAGAGGGCUAAGCAAGUGGGGAAGGAUUUGGAAUGGAAGACAUGAGCUCCCCUUCCCUGGCUGCUUCGGGACUCUAAAGCUCUUUCCCAAGCCUGCGAUUCCCAUCAAGCUUUCGUUACACGAAUUUUCAUACAAAAUGUUGUUCCACUACCUCAAGGUUAUGUUGCUGGGUGUGUGUGUGUGUGUGUGUGUGUGUGUGUGUGUGUGUGUAUCUGUGAUGGGGGCGUGUUUUAUAGUUUCUUCCCCCAUGGUUAAAUUUUCUACUCAAAGGCUGUGAAGGAAUGAAACUGCCCAGCCAUUUGAUGUGCUUGCUCUUAAUUUUAAAAUGGUUGCUUUCUGCUUAGAGUCAUUCUGCUUUUGAGGCUCUUCUUCCUAGAGGGUUCAAAAAGUCAUAGAAUAGACCUAUAAUGACUCCACCGAGAAACUGAAUCCUAUUUAGCAUGUGAGGAAAGAAACCCAGUUACUAUGGGAUCUAGAAACGUCACGUAAAUCUCCUACCCAAUGUGUUUCCAGUCCAAUCCUCUCUGAAGUCAAGCAAGAGGAAUGGCGGCACAGUGCUGCCAUUUUGUGACCUGGUUGCCAUUUCCUCUUUUAUAGGAAGUGACACAGCUGAUGCUGAGGAGAGGCUGAUGAACCACCUCCUGAACACAUCUCGCUACAACAACUUAAUCCGCCCUGCCUUCAACUCCUCACAGCUGGUCGUUAUAGAAUUGCAGGUUAUCCUGGCCCAGCUCAUCAAUGUGGUGAGUCUGAGCAUCCCUUCCAUUGCUCCUUCCUAGCAAAAUCUACGACUGUGUGGGUAACAUCAUGAGCUUUGGGACUGGACCAGUGCGUGGGAACUCUUCCAUGAAGGCCGGCCAUGCAGGGUUUGCACACACUGACACUGUUGCCUCCACAACCCUGGAGAUGGGGGGUGGGAUGGGGUAGGGGGUUCAGUGAAGUCUGGCCACGGUUGGGCUUAUUCUCAGAGACCUGUCUGAAGAAGAGAGUUCUUCGCUGACAGUGACGUAGCGCCUGAGGUGUCUGCUAUUACAGAGAUGGGUCUUUCCUUUAACAGACCACUAGGCCCAUUCCCAUAAUCCAGACCCCCUUUUCCUAAACCACUGGGACCCUCCUCCAGAUAAGACUCCACUUGGGUCUCAUUCCCCGUCCCACUAGCACCAUCCCUUGGGUCAGCCUCUUCUGUGAGUACCUCUCACUCGUCUUCCACACUGGACUAUCCUCUCCAUGGCGUAUCCAUGGGAUUCAUGACACCAGUGACCCCAAAAGGUUGGGGACAGCAUCAGGAGAGCCUGCUGGAUCCGGCCCAUGGCCCAUCUAGCCCAGCAUCCUGUUCUCAUAGUGUCUGAACAGUUGCCUUUGGGAAACCAUCCAGCAGGAUCCGAGCACAAGAGCCUUCUCCCUUCCUGUGGCUUCCAGCAACAUGGCUGCCUCCAGCUGUGGACACCUAGGCAGAGGCAUCCUGAUUGGCAGCUAUCAAUAACCCCCUCCACCAUGAAUUCAUCUAAUUAUUAUUAUUAUUUAUUGAAUUUAUAUACCACCCUAUAGAAGGGAGUCUCAGGGAGGUUCACAGAAUAAAAUCAAGUUAUAAAAACAAACAAAAAAUACAUAAUAAAAUUAAAAACAACAACCCAAUAGCACCCCCCCCCCAAGUUUUAAAAGGGCGUAGGAUCUGAACCAAAGGCCUGGUUAAAAAGGAACAUUUUUAUUCCACUUUUAAAGCCAUCUAAGAUGGUGGCCAUCCUCGUUCUGUAGUUUAACUAUGUGCUGUGUAAAGAAGAACAUCCUUUGAUGUGUCCUGACUUAAGCCUUCUUGUGGUUGAGCAGCCGUGUGAAAAGAAGCUUGAGUCCCUGGAGAUCUGCUGUGAACCAGAGGAGACAAUGCCAUCCUGAACACAGUAACCUGGGAGUCACUAGCACAGCUGGGGGGGGGGGGCGAACUGGGCAACCACUUACCACAGGGGCAGCACUUACCCCGGGGGGUCUGCCGCGUGCCCAAGCCACAUGUCUCUCCUGCUGCGCCGCUGCCGGGAAUGAGUCUCAUUGAAUUCUCAGGAAGCUUCCUGCAGCCCUCUGGUAUUGUCUGCAUAUGAAGGCAGGCUGUGCCUGCUAACUUUGCAGCUGAUCUCUCCUUUUCUUGGUACAAUGACUUGGACUGACAAGAGCACAUCCUACUUUGCGGAGUAAAGGCGGCAGCUAUGCAGUUUUCCUACCCCCCCCUUUAGUCACCCACUUUAGUGCUGGAUCCCACCCCCAAGAACCCCCCUUUGUCUCUGUGCUCUAUGGCUGCCUGGGCUCAUGUUGCAAAUUGGGGUUCUAGGGGGGCCCCAGCUCUUGACCAGUUGAAUGGCAGUGCUGCGUGGAAAGAGAUCAGUUCCUCGGUGUGUUAAAUGUAUAAAUUCAUCUUGAAAACAUUUUAUUGGAAGUGAGUGACAGAAAGGAGAGAGACUUUAAUCAACUUUAGUGAAAUGGCCCAUCUGCUUGAACGUCAAGUCCUGCAGCAUCUAGGACCCUGAAUACUCCCUAAAUAAAUAUUAGAAGGUUCAGGACAGACAAACAUCUUCCUGCAGCAUGUAGGAAAACUAUGGUUUUGCUCCCACAAGAUGCAGUGGUGGACACCAAGUUGUAUGGCUUUAAAAGAUGGAUUGGACAAAUUCAUGGCAGACUGGGCUAUUAAUGGCUGCUAACCCAUGGCUGGGACGCGGGUGGUGCUGUGGGUUAAACCACAGAACCUAGGACUUGCCGAUCAGAAGGUCGGCGGUUCGAAUCCCCGUGACAAGGUGAGCUCCCGUUGCUCGGUCCCAGCUCCUGCCAACCUAGCAGUUCGAAAGCACAUCAAAGAGCAAGUAGAUCAAUACUUCCAGUGGGAAGGUAAACGGCGUUUCCGUGCGCUGCUCUGGUUCGCCAGAAGCGGCUUAGUCAUGCUGGCCACAUGACCCAGAAGCUGUACGCCGGCUCCCUCGGCCAGUAAAGCGAGACGAGCGCCACAACCCCAGAGUCGGCCACAACUGGACCUAAUGGUCAGGGGUCCCUUUACCUAACCCCAUGGCUAUGUUUUCCUUCUGUUGCUAGUGUGCCUCCUCUGAAUACAGGUUGCUGCAGAUCACAAGUGGGGAGAGCUCUGCUGCGUUCAGGUCCUGCUUGGAUUUCCCUUGGGGGCAUCUGACUGGCGAGAAAGAGGAUGCUGAACUAGACGGGCUUUGGCGCUUGAGGGUUUUCUUUUCUUCAGAAGAGCCUCAGCUCAGCUGUAGAGCAGAAGGCUCAACCUCCAAUGGCAUCUCCAGUAUUCUGAAACCCUGGAGAGGCCCUGCCCUCAGCAGAGGCAAUACUGAGCUCGAUGGAGCCCUGAGUCUGAUUCAGAAUAAAGCAGCUUCAUGUGUUCCUGUUCUGUAGGACUCUUCUUGUGCUCCUAGGUUCCCACCCUAGCAGACUCCAUCCAGUCCUCCUUCCUUUCCUCCUGGAUUUCCCUUCCCCUCCUGUCCCAGGAGAGCUACAAGAGUAGCACAGCAGCACAGCAACUGCCAAAGCCAUUCCCUUUUAGGUUGCGACUUGUCCAUUCAUUUUCCAAUUUCUGUGUUGCCAUGGGCCUUGUUCUCAUUUAAGAAAUCUGCCUAGCAAAAGAGCCUGGAGCCUGGUUCAUCAGAAAGCUCUCUAAUCCAAUUUCUCCUCUGUGGUUUAUUUCCACCUCCAGCCACUUAGCCUCUUCCAGAUGUGCCAAGGCUUACUGCCACAUUUAUUUUGUAAUAAUCUGAAUAAACUCCACACAGAAUCAUGUCUGCUUCUAGAAGAUUUAAUGUCGCCUGGGCCACCCUGGUGCCUUACAGAUGUUUUGGACUAUGAUGCCCAUCAAUCCCAGAGGUUUAGUUCACAACAUCUGGGCCAACAUGACAGGCUAUGAAGGCCUGCCUUAAAAGGAAACCUUUAUUUUAGCAUUAACUUUCAUGGACGGGAUGCAAAAAUGCAAUUCUGCCUCAGAUGAAGUGGCCAGAGUGGUCCAUCAAAGCUUGUGCUACAAUGCAGGCUGGCCGCCUGAAGUCCCCAAGGGAACUGGAAGACUGACUGCCUUGCUGCUUUCUACCUGAGUGCCCUUCUAGGUUCAGGAGAGAGGAUGGAGGGAAGGGUAUUCAAGCCUAAUGAAUGGAUCCAAUUAAGAUACUGUUCGUUACCACAUAGAUUUUCUGUGUCUUUCUCUUUCUCUUCAGAAUGAGCGUGAACAGAUCAUGACUACCAACGUCUGGCUCAAUCAAGUAAGCAUCCCGUGGAUACAUAAUUUCUGCUCUAUUAAUUUACAACCCCAUCCUCUCAUUAUAUUGGUAUCUGAGAAUUUGGAAGGUUGCUAUGACGUCCAGCUUGGUUUAUUUUUGAAGGCUGCAGUCCUAUAACCAUUUACCUAUAGCCAUUUAUCAUACACACUGUAAUUACUCCAGCUCAACUGAGUGCACUUUGAAUAGUUGUGAAUGGGACGGUGCUCUGAGGAAUCACAGUGAAUCCUGCAAUUAUAGAUUUACAGGGCUGGGAAGCUGUUUAUCUGUCACAUUUUGGCACAGAUUUCAAGGGUCACAGCAUCUGUUCAGCUCCCAUCGCAUUGUUGUAGAUAACUGUUUUCUCUCUCUAUUUAAACUAGAUAAAUGUACAGAGCACUUUUUCCUUCACAGCAUAUUUGUACGUUUUGGAGGAGAGGGAGUGACUUACUGGUAUGUUCUUAUAAGUCUUAUGUACUGGUACUUAUAUGCCUAUGCAGCCACUUACACCUGUGGAACUGGCCCCACAUUUGUAAGAAAUCAGUAUUUUCGUGUGGCAGCACUGAAAACUCCCUGCAUCUUGACAUUAGGCAGGUGCCUCCCCGUACGCCUUCUAAAAAUGGGUGGGGGGAGCCUAUUGAGACAUGUUGAACACUGGCAGGCUUUUUACUUAUGUGUUGAAUAUUUUAAAAAGUUGUAAACAGAUUUUAAUAAAAAUGGUAUUUUAUUGUUUUAUUCUUUUGUAAACUGGUUUUAUUACAAUCCAGUGCUAUAUAAAUUAACUAAAUAAAUGAUGUUGUUGCAGUAGCAGCUGGAGUGUGUGUGUGUGUGUGUGCGUGUGUGUGAUUCUAAUUGUAUUUUGUACAAAAAGGCUGCCAAACAAUUAACUGUGCAAGUCUGUUGUGCAAUGGGAACAGCGACUCAAAGUGUGGGUUGUGUCCUUCUGGCUUCUAGGAAUGGACGGACUACCGCUUAGCUUGGGAGCCCUCGGAGUACGAAGGCAUCAAUAAGCUGAGAAUACCAGCUAAGAAAGUCUGGCUCCCCGACAUUGUUCUAUACAACAAGUAAGUUUGUACGACUCAGCACUAUGAAGGAAAUGUCUGACUUAAGACCAGAUUCCAUCCCUUUUUUAAAAAGAAGCUUUCCUGCCAUGGUGGAUAGAAAGCCUGAGCCUCCUCUGACACCCCCCCCCCCCCGCAAUUCAGGUGGGACCCUGGCGGCCUGGGGGAGGGCCAGGCUCUGCCUCCACUGGCAUCUCCCCUGCCUGGAAUUCCGGAGAGCCUUUGCUGCCAGUCAGUGUCAACAAUACUGAACUAGAUGGACCAGUGGUCUGACUCAGUAGAAGUUGCAUGUUCAGCUAAGUCGGGUGGGGGGGAGGCUCCUGCCAGCAGGCCGGAGAGCCAGUGUGGUGUAGUGGUGGGAGUGCUGGACUGUGGCCAGUCCAGAAUCCCCACUCCUCCAUGAAGCUCUCCCUAGGUGGGACCGUGGGCUCACUCUCAGCCUAACCGACCUCUCAGCUGAUGGCUGUUGAGUAAAAUCCUGCCAGAUCAGAUACAUAACCCGUGGAUCCUGAUGGAUCAGGCAGCCAGUCCCUGCAGAAGUCAGCUUUCUCAGCCCCAGGCUUGCCGCUUGGGAAGAGCCUUGCACUUCAGGUGCCCUGGAACUACUCUUGAAGGAAGCUUGUUGAGUUGGCCGUCCCACCCACUGCUCAUCCUGCAGGGGGGUGGGGAUAAAUAAGGCUCUUGCCUGCUGGGCCUAAAAGAUGUCCCACCCCUGAGCUAAGCCCAAUACCUCAAGGACUGCCCCCCCAGCCCAGCCCUGACCCUCCAGUUGCCACCAGAGGCCCUUCUCCAUGCUCCCCCUCCCAGGAGGUCCUGAGGCAACAGCAUGAGAACAAGGCCCUUCAUGGUGGCUCCCCACUUACAGAAUGCUCUCCCCAGGGAAACUUGCCUGGCACCAUUGUUACAUACCUUUAGGUGCCAGGCAAGACAUCUAUCCAUGGAUUUAUUUAUUUUUUGCAUGACGGGUGGAAUGUUUUAAUCUGGUUUUGAAAAGAAGAAAAAAUUGUCUUUUAAAUUUUUCCUUUAAUGUUGGUUUUAAUCUACGUUCGUGUUUGUUUUCUACUUAAAAUAUUGUAAGUCACUUUGCAUUGACAGCUAAUUAUUAUUAUUAGUGGCUUUCUUCCUUGACUGUAGGGAUGGGAUAGCAUUGUAAUAUAUUGGUACUGAAUCUGGAUAAGCAGAAACACCAACUAUUUAUGGGCUCUUUCAUGGUCUUUCAUUGUCAAAAAGCCCCAAUAUUUUAUUAUCAGAAUUAGUUUUGAAUCAUAGACUCAUAGAAUUGUAGAGUUGGAAGGUACCCUGAGGAUCAUCUAGUCCAACCCCCGAGAUACAGGAAUAUGCAGCUGGCCCUUACUGGGAUCGAACCUUCAACCUUGGGGUUAUCAGCACCAUGCUCUAACCAACUGAGCUGUCCAGGCUGGUUCAGGUCACAAAAACUGGCUGGCCUUUGCAGCGCUUUGAAACCCACAAGUCCUUUUCUAUUGUUACAUUUUUCUUGACUCCUUUAGUGCUGAUGGAACAUAUGAAGUCUCUGUUUACACCAACGUGAUCGUGAAGAAUAACGGGAGCAUGUUGUGGCUGCCUCCAGCCAUCUACAAGAGCGCCUGCAAAAUCGAAGUGAAGCAUUUCCCCUUUGACCAACAAAACUGCACCUUGAAGUUCCGGUCAUGGACUUACGAUCACACCGAAAUCGACAUGAUCCUUAAAACCGGCUCGGCCAGCAUGGAUGACUUCACACCCAGUGGUGAAUGGGACAUUGUGGCGCUCCCGGGGCGGCGAACUGAGAACCCCUUGGACCCAAACUACGUGGAUGUGACAUACGACUUCAUCAUUAAACGGAAGCCUCUUUUUUACACCAUCAACCUCAUCAUCCCUUGUGUGCUCAUAACAUCCUUGGCCAUCCUCGUCUUCUACCUGCCGUCAGACUGCGGAGAAAAGAUGACGCUGUGCAUCUCUGUCUUGCUCGCUUUGACUGUGUUCUUGCUCCUGAUCUCCAAAAUCGUCCCCCCAACAUCGCUGGACGUCCCGUUGAUUGGGAAGUACCUGAUGUUCACAAUGGUCCUGGUGACGUUCUCCAUUGUGACCAGUGUCUGCGUGCUGAAUGUGCACCACAGGUCUCCCAGCACCCAUGCGAUGCCUCCGUGGGUGAAGGUGGUCUUCCUCAAGAGGCUGCCCAACUUCCUGUUCAUGAAGCGCCCAGAGAAUAACUCCAUGAGGCAAAGGCUGUCCGGCAGCAAGAGGAGCAAAGCAGACACGUUUGGCAGCAACCCGUCGGACCUGUAUAAGGGCUCCUCCACUUACUUUGUGAACACAGCCUCUGCCAAAAAAUACGACCUGAAACUGACGGAAAACCCUGAUCACAUUGGCAGCCAUCAGGAUGUCAGGCUACGGUCAUCGGCAAAGUUUUCUCCUGAGGUCCAGGAAGCUAUUGAGGGAGUCAGUUUCAUAGCAGACCACAUGAGAAGUGAGGACAACAAUGAGACUGUAAGUAGCACAAGGAACCUUCCAUUUCCCCACCGCACUUGAUCCCACAGUCUCUAGAAAUCUCAGGCAAUUUGAGGGCCUCUGUCUUAUUGGGUGUUCAUGAUGGUUUGUGUUCAUGGCGGUCCUCUUGCCUCUUGGUGCCCCCAUAGGUAAUCCCACUCCCCUUGGACAGAGUUAAACUAUGGAACUCCCUCCUUCAGGAGGGCACCAAUUUAGAUGGCUUUAAAAGGGGAUUAGACCAAUUCAUGGGGCAGAGGGCUGUAGAUGGUUACUGGCCACAAAGCCUAUGCUCUGCUUCCACGGCUGGAGACACUAAAUGCUUCUGAGUGCCAGACGCUGGAAAGCACAGGACGGGAGAGGACUCUUGUGCUUGGAUCCUGCUUGCAGGCUUCCCACUGGAGCAUCUGAUUGGCUACUGUGAGAACAGGAUGCUGGAUUAGAUGGGCCAUGGGCCUGAUCCUGCAGGCCUUUCUUAUGUUCUCCUAUCAAGGAGCGGCUCUUGCUUUCUCCAGCACGGGGGCCUCCAGGCUCUUCUUUGGGACCCAGUGGGCUAGAGCUAGAAUUAAAAACUUUCAUUUUGUUAAGUAAAAAAAAUAUACCUCAUCUAGCAUGCUGCAUUGCAAUGGCUACAACAGGCAGAAAAAAUAUGUUGGAAGUCAUAGAUGGACUCACAAGCAAUUUGCAAGUGGUCCAUGAUGGGGUAAAAGUUUGGCCCCAAUGGCUUUAUUGACCUAAUUCAACAAAGCUUUUUUAUUGGUUUUGUGGAACUGCCCAUUUUAAACAAAGAUGGUUGUAGCCAUAGGAGCCAACUCCUAGGGGCCAUGGGGGCUUCAGCCCCCAAAAUGAAAUAUUUGCCCCCCCCAAGUUAUAGGGUAUUCCCAUUCAAAUGGUGUGGGUGCACUGUGUCAUGUGAUCGAUUAUGUGGGGCAGGGCUUACCUGGGCCCCCACAAUAUUUUAUUCAAGUUGGCACCCCUGGUUGUAGCAUAAGGAUUAGGCCAGCAUUCUUCAAUGUUGCAUCCCCAGAUGUUCUUGGAUUACAACUCCCAUCACCGCGGCCCUCUUAGCCAACGGCCAGGAAUGAUGGGGCCUGUCAUCCAACAACUGCUCGAUCAGAGGGGGAUGGAGGGUAAAAACAGCCUCCCACCGGAGGUGGCACCUGGAGGAGGAGGAACCACCAGCCAUUGAAGCCGUGCAGCGGCCGUAUUCAGUCCCACCCCCAGCUCCUCCCAAUGUCCUGAUGUCACGCACAUGACAUUGCCCCCCCCAUCACCCUUGUAAGGUGGUCUUCUGGGCUUGAGGCUGAAUUAAGCAGUGUGCCUUUCUGAACCUCAUAUCUUCUGAAGCCUCAGACUGAUUCCCAGAUUACUUCUUAGCUGGUAUUUAAAAUUCAUCAGUAUGAAAUGAUCGAAUGUAAGUUCCAUAAACACCUUGCAGGGGAGGCACAGUGGGACAGGCACUUGGGCAGUUUAUGCAAUGGAUAAGUCAUUAAAUUAUUUAAUUGAGUUUUUCUCUUCUAGGUCAUUGAAGACUGGAAAUAUGUUGCCAUGGUAGUGGACAGACUGUUUCUCUGGAUAUUUGUCUUUGUUUGCGUGGUGGGGACUGUUGGAUUAUUCCUGCAGCCGCUGUUUCAAAACCACUCAAUUGGCGUGAGCCCUUAAACUGGGUAAAUCCGAGACCUAGGAUUGCUUAUUCACUGACUGGGCUGGACUCUCUUUUGAGUUCCACAAGUGUAAUGUCAAAGUCCAGUCAUUUGAGCAGGAUUUAUUUAUUUAUUUUUACUAGGGUGGGGAUAACAUAAAAUCAUUAUUUGAUUUAAUCAACUUCUUUAAGGUGGGCUUAUAUCCCACGUGACACUUUAGCCUGGGUGUUGGCGCUGAGUGAGGUGUUGACGAAAACUGGCAAAAACAAUUAGGAAACAAUUGUACAUUUAACCCCAGUCCCCAAAUGCCUGCCCUUACAUGGCUUCCAAAUUACAAUCCAGCCAGGGCUCUGGUAGGCCUCCAGGUCACGAGAGUCCCAUGUGUGCUCAGCAGGGAGGGAGAGAUCACCCCUCUAGGCAUCCUUUAAAGUUGGAACAGUUUCAUUUCUUCGGACUUUUCACCAAAAUACCCCAUCUUCAGUGUUACCUCUUUAUUAACUUCAUUUAAACAGAGGUUGGGUGCCCAUCUGUUAAGGACUCUUUAGCUGUGAUUCCUGCAUUGUUGAGGGUUGAACUAGAUGACCAUUGGGAUCCCUUUCAACACUAUAAUUCUGUAAAAACACUUGUUUUCAGCUCACAUACAUUUAUAUCUUUUUUCAGCACAAUUUCUCUCCCCCACAGUAGGAGCCUAGGAACAUGCACAGCCUGUCAAGAACAGGCUUGGUCUGUGUCGUUUGGCAACCUUCUUCAGUAGGAAGUGUGCACUGGGGGCACACACAAUGCUAAAGCAAAGCUUAUUGUUGCAAAAAUGAGUCUAGGCAAGUCUUAGCCUCGUGUGAUGCCCUUCCUCUCAGGGUUGAGAGGAGAUGAUUGGAAGCGCUGGCUUCCGUUUCAGAUUCACUACAGCUUGCCAUGUUGUCUGAACCUGGCAGACUGCCGCUGGUGCUUUGCAGAGGCAAGCUGGCUUCAAACCAUAGUUUAAGAAGCUAUCUUGUUUGCAUGAACUGAAAUUAAGCUCAGUUUAGAGAUCAGAUGUCCCAUUGUGGCUGGGCUGGAGGAGUGGGGAAUGGGGAGCACGAGAACCGAAGGCUCACUGCAGAUCAUGGGUCAGCAAACUAAGGCCGAUGGGCCGGAUUAGGUCCAAUUGCCUUCUAAAUCCAGCCCUCAGACAGUCCGGGAAUCACUGCAUGGAUCGCUAGCAUGCAUGUUCUUUCCAUCUCCCUCCAUCUCCCUCCCUCUCCCUCACACGGUGGCGGCGGUGCCUCCUCCCUCCCUCCUCCUGGCUUCUCCCUGUCCUGCCUAGAGGAAGAAGAGGGCUGGGCUUUGCUGGUGCCAGCCCCUCUCUGGAGCCCUUUCGUGCACCACUCACCAUCCCUUGUUCACCCCCCCCCAAAUAUAGUCCGGUCCCCCACAAGGUCUGAGGGACAGUGGACCAGCCCCCUGCUGAAAAAGUUUGGGGACCCCUGCUGCAGAUCAUCCUUGUACUCAGCCAUACCAUUAGGCUGAGUGGGGGGUUUGCCACAGGCAGCAGAUGAGAUACUGAGGGUAAGAGGUUGGAGGGGGGCUGUGUGCAGCCUGCCCUGCGACCCUCAUGCUGCCCGCUCACCAGUGCAGAAGCAAGAUUCAACUGCUGGUCCAGCUGACUUCAGAUGGCAGAAUGUGCUCUUGUCCUUCACGUCAGGCAGCAAAAUGCCAGGCUGGCACUGACCACAGUUAGCACAGGGCUGGCUAACUGGCACCCCCCGAGAUGUCAUUGGAUUCUAACGCCCAUCAGUCUACGCCAGCAUAGCCAAUGGCCAGAGAUGAUGGGAGUUGCAGUCCAUCAGCUCCUGCAGGCCCAGAUUUCCAGAUUUCCCUGGUUUACGUCAUGUGCAGGUUGAACCAAAGUCUGUUUCAGACACCAGGGGACGUGGGUGUGUGAAGAAAUGCCUGAAUGCUCCUAGGCUAAAGUCUUAAGGCACUGGGGGUGGCAGCGUAGUCCAUAGCAUGGAGGGAAAUGAGGAAAAAGUGGAAGGCAGGGAUAGAAAGUCAGACAGGUGCAGGCAUAUGUAGUCAAAAUAAUAAAAUAAAUAAAUCAAGUGGACGCCAUGCAACAGGCUGCAGUUAAAGGUGGGAUCCAGGUCUGGAAAAACUGAAUUGAAUGCAAAAUACUUUAUUUUGGUCUUUUACAGAAAUGGGAGGAGGUAUGUUUGGAACUUGCAGAUUUUUCUCUGAAGGCACAAAGACAGUCUAUUAAAAUAGUAUUUUACUUAAAACGC